AUGACGCGGCUGGAUCGGACGAUCGUGCGCUGGACGACGUCGUUCACGCUGGUGGCCACGAUAGCGUCCGCCGCACGCAGUGGAGUACUGCUCAAUCAACUGCCUUCGCACGACACCAAUACGAGCAGCAAGAUCGUUCCUGAUUCGAGUCGAGCAAGCUAUGGUAUCGUCUCUGGGCCAGCGUCGCUCUUGAUGCCCCGCCCGCCGGAAUGCCCGCCGUGCAACCCGUUCAACUGCGUGCUGCCGGCCUUCACAUGCCUCAACACAGGUCAGUGAAGAUACCAUCAAAAACAUACUGGUACACUCUUGAUCACUAUUUGAAGCUGACCCUCAUAACAUCAACAUCACUCUACAUCGCCUCGAUCGCCGCCUUGUCCAGGCGUAUGUAACGACUACAACGGACAGUGCAUCUGCCCACCCGGAUUCGGGGGCGAAGACUGCUCCAAACCACGUCAGUCACAGCUUGAUUACUCGAUCGUCCUGGACCACGAUACUGACGAAUCCCGGCAAGGGUGGCACGUGAGCAGUCUGCGGAUCGCUCGCCGAUGGGAACGAACGUUUCCCCCGAAACGGCACAGAGUGCGAGUGCGAACCCGGAUGGGGUGGUAUAAACUGCAACGGUGCGUCUUGACACUCUAGGCAUCGUCCGAACCUCAUGCACCCUGCUAAACCGGUGCUCCACACCUAUCCGCAGUCUGUGAGACGAACAGGGCCUGCUCCGCACUCAUUGCCAGCCGAGACCCGGCCAACGGCAUGCUCAAGGCCAGUGAUAAGAACGAUAAGGGAGACGGCGAUGGUCAAGGCUCCGACGACGAAAAUGCUGUGUGCUACAAGCAAGGCUAUGCGGUGAAGGAGAUGUUCCAGAUGUGCGAUGUCACUAGUAAGCAAGAGGUCUUGGAUUGUCGCUUCGGAGGGUGUGUGGCUGAUCGGACUGAUAAUGCGCCGUCCCUCUAUAGAUCGCAAGAUCCUCGACAUGUUGCCUGGCCGACCACCCCAAGUGACAUUUACUUGCGAUGUUUCAUCCGCGACGUGCGGCUUCCAGUUCUGGAUCGGCAAGGUUGAAUCGUUCUAUUGCGGCCUUCGAAACUGCACCUCAUCCCUCCAGACGGGAUAUGACAGCAAUUACACCGAGUAUUCGUGCCAGGAGAUGUCGUGUUCAUGCAUCCCUGGCCGCAUGCUUUGCGGCGAAGAUGGAAGCGUUGGUCAGUGAAAAGCCCUUUGAUCCUGCGUUUACGCCUGGUCGGCAACUCACCAUGUACGUUUCCGCCACCACUGCGCCAGAUAUCACCGAGUUUCUCGACGAAGAGAUCAAAGGGCCGACCAAGUUCAGCACCCGAUCAGGCGAGAACAGCAAGUUUGAAGAACCGGCCAUGAACCAGUUGAUCAACGACAUCUUUGGGGAUAGCUACAUUACACUCCGGUGCACAGCCGGCGAAUGUCUCCGAGCGAGCGAAGUGCCUGGUUUCAUUGUUCCGCCCAAACCGAACGACAAGACGUAUAUUGUCGUCACGAUCGCCAUCGCUGUCGCUGUUCUGUUGCUGGGCCUUUUCCGUAGGUCCAUGUGCCUUGCACAGGCAGAGUUCGCUGCGAGCUUACACGUAGGUCGGCAUCGCUACAGUCUUCUGGUAUUUGGGACGUGCCGACACGACGAGCGAAUACUCGUUAUUGGGCGGUCGCAUCCGCUUGCCCAAGCAUGGAGGAUCGAACGGCACGACGAACAAAUCCCUGCUCGAGGAUCAUAUCCCCGCAGCUUUGCAGUUCUCCAACUUGACCUACACACUACCGAACGGUCGAGUGGUCCUCGACGACAUCAGCGGAUCUGUCAAACCCGGAGAGAUCAUGGCCGUGAUGGGUGCAUCUGGAGCCGGCAAAUCGACAUUCCUCGACUUGCUCGCGCGAAACUCGAAGCACGGCACCGUCGAAGGCGAUAUCCUCGUCAAUGGACAGCAAGUAGGCGAUUCUGACUAUCGCCAAGUCGUCGGCUUCGUUGAUCAAGAAGACACACUGCUCGGCACCUUGACCGUGUACGAAACGGUGCUGUACUCGGCCCUUCUUAGGUUGCCUCGCGACAUGUCUUAUGAAGACAAGAAAAUGCGCACACUCGAGACGAUGCAUGAGCUGGGUAUCCUGCACAUUCGAGACAGCCGAAUCGGUGAAAGUGGUCAUCGCUCGAUCUCGGGUGGGGAGAAGCGUCGGGUCUCGAUCGCGUGCGAGCUUGUGACGAGCCCUUCGAUCCUGUUCUUGGAUGAGUGCACCUCAGGUGAGCUCGCGGCGAUAAUUCUAGGACCAGGAAAAGCGAGCCCUGCUGACUUUUGAGUGGUGAUGAUGAUGCAUGCAGGCCUCGAUUCCUUCAAUGCAUUCAACGUCAUCGAAUCGCUCGUGCAGCUCUCGCGAGUGUACAAGCGCACCGUCGUCUUCACGAUCCACCAGCCGCAGUCCAACAUCGUUGCAUUAUUUGACAAGCUCGUCCUGCUUGCCAGCGGCAAGAUGGUCUACUCGGGCUCGGCCAAGGAUUGCCAAGCGUACUUCAAAGACAUCGGAUGGGCUUGCCCACCUGGCUUCAAUAUCGCCGAUUACCUCAUCGACCUUACCAUGGCGACUGAGAAGAAGCCGAGUGAUAUCGCGCCUGCUGAGGCUCAAGCGGCGCUGAUCCAACUCGAGGGCGAAGAAGAUGCCGUGACUGUGCCGGAUCCCGAGCUCGGUGUUCAACGCAUGACUCGUCGCCGACGUCAGCCAACGGACCCUACCGAUGCUGAGGCCGAAACCCCCUCGACGAACGGGAAGGGUACAUCCAAGCUCUCGAUGCGACUCCUCAGUGGCUCGAGCUCGGGUCGUGACACACCUCAAGUCGAGCUUCCUCUCAGGCUGACUCGGCUCGUCGACGCUUUCGCCAAGAGUGACAUUGCCGCCGCGACGCGUUCAGAGAUCACAGCUGCCGGUUCGGCGGCGCGGGAGAAUGGCCACGUCCAAGGCCAAAGGGUCGUGCUGCACAACUUCAAGCGGGCUAAUGGGUGGACCCAGUUCAAGAUCUUGAGUGGAAGGUCAUUCAAGAACUUGUACCGCAACCCGCAAUUGAUGCUCGCACACUACGCUGUGGCCGUUGUUGUUGCAGGUGAGCAUCCGGUGCGAGCGAGGCUCGCAAGGUGCCGCUAAUGAUUUCUCUCGACGUGUGCUCGCAGGGAUCUGUGCCUUCUUGUUUCGAGGAUUAACGUGAGUUCAUGCUCGGGUAUUGACUUGAGAUUCAUGAUAUUUACGUGACGGUGAGACAUGCCCAAACAGCGAGGACAUCCCCGGCUUCCAGAACCGAAUGGGGCUGGGCUUCUUCUGCCUCUCCCUCUUCGGCUUCAGUUGUCUCACAACCCUGGACGCCUUCGCUGCGGAACGCCUACUUUUCACCCGAGAGCGAGCGAACGGAUACUAUACCCCAGCAGCGUACUUCACCGCCAAGCUCCUCUUCGACAUCGUCCCCCUGCGUGUCAUCCCGCCUUUCGUCUUUGCGGCCAUUAUCUACUCGCCCGUGGGCCUCGUGCCGACCGUCGAUUCGUUCUGGCGUUUCGUUAUGGUCCUCGUCGCGUUCAACCUUAGUGCUUCGAGUGUGGUCUUAUUCCUCUCGGUCAUCAUCAAGGACGCUGGAGUCGCCAGUUUGAUUGGAAGUUUGAUUAUGUUGUUCAAGUCAGUCGUGGCUUUGACUCUUUCGUCAUGUCCCCGGCAUCCAGCUAAGGCAUUGAAUUUUCUUCUUUCGACCACAGCUUACUUUUCGCCGGCCUGUUGAUCAACCGCGACAAGCUCCCAUGGUGGCUGCAGUGGCUCGAAACGACGUCCUUCUUCCACGCCGCUUUCGAGGCGUUCCUCGUCAACGAAGUCCGGUACCUUCAGUUGAGGGAUCAUCGCUGUAGGUUCUUCUCCUACGGCACCCUGUAUUUGUCAAGCGCUGAUCAAGAAAGCUCUCUUCACGUGUAACAGACGGUGUCGAUAUCGAGGUCCCCGCAGCCACGAUCCUCUCCAUGUUUGGUUUCAACGCCCAGGUGAGCUGUCUCGAAGAGAAGUCGACAAGUCCCGAUCGUCGACUGACACUUUCUUUUGCCCUCCCCCCAACAGGCCUUUUGGUUUCCCGACAUGACCUUCCUGUUGAGCGUAUUUGUCAUCUUUACGGCACUUUCCUUUGUCGCUCUUGUUGUGCUCGUCAAAGAACGACGAUAG